AUGAUCCUUAACAACAAUAAACGACCUCCUGAUUUUGAAGAGGAGUUGCAUUCACUUGCUUCUGAGUAUGAUAAUGCUAAACAAGUCAAUAAAAAGAGACGUUAUCAGUAUGCACAGAUGACUCAAUAUCCUGAGACCAAUGAGAGCUCCAAUGAAGAUUUAAAUGGAGAUAUCUCAGAACUGUCACCUGCUGGCUACAUUAAAAAAAUUUUAUUAAAAAAUUUCAUGUGUCACGAACAUUUUGAAUUACAAUUAGGCCCGCGGCUAAAUUUUAUAGUAGGUAGUAAUGGAAGUGGCAAGAGCGCUAUAUUGACUGCUAUAUCUAUUUGUCUAGGUGCGAAAGCAAGUGAUACCAAUAGAGGUACUGCUCUUAAAGACUUAAUCCGUGAGGGAUGCAGCACAGCGAAGAUCACUUUACACUUGGAUAACGAGAAUCAUGGCUCUUAUCACCAGGAAAGUUUUGGCAGUGAAAUCAUUAUUGAGAGGGCCCUAAAAAAAAAUGGAACCACCUCAUUCUCUAUAAAAUCAGUAUGUGGGAAGGAGAUAAGUAGUAAAAAAAAAGAUGUUCAGGCAAUUGUUGACUAUUUUUCUGUGCCACUCAAUAAUCCAAUGUGUUUUUUAUCACAGGAUGCUGCUAGAUCUUUUUUGACAGCUAGUACACCCUACGACAAAUAUAGCCAUUUCAUGAAGGGAACUCUGCUACAGGAAAUAUCCACCCAUUUAGACCAAGCUCGUACAAUACACAACAAUGCACAAGAUAACCUGGCUUUACACCUAAAGAAUCUCAACGGAUUAAAACAAGAAUAUGAGGAUGCGAGGAAGCUCCUUCGUGAAUUGAACGAAACUACAGAUUUAAACCAAAAAAAAAGAAGCCUACAAGGAAAAUCACUUUGGAUCGAUGUAAAGAUAAAUACAAAAUCGUGCGAAAAGUUGAAAGAUGAGAUAAAACUGCUCGAAAUAAAGAGCAAAGAAGUAGCCACAAAGAUUGAAGUACGAAGAGAAAAGAUAGAAAGCCAUCUUAAUAGCAAACGUGAGACGGAAGCUGAAGUAGAAACCAAAGUGCUUUUAGUAGCAGAAAAAGAUAAUGCACAUCAGGAAGCUCGUAGAGUUUUGAAGGAUAUAAAACUGAAAUAUGAAAAUGAAAAGCGCAAUCAGCUUGAAGUGGAAACAAAUAUAGGGCGCUGUAAAAGCAACUUGGAAACACUUGAAAAUACUAUCUCACACCUCAAAGGUGAAUUAGAAAGAGAGACAGGUGGGGAUAAAGACAGAUUGAGAGGCGAUUUGAGCCUCCUCGAAGCUCAGAAUGAGCAGCUGGAAAAGAAUCUUGGUUCAUUAUCGACAACUUUACAGGAUUUACGAAUAGAGGAACGGCGACUAAAUGAGGAGCGAAGGAGUGCAGUUAAUAACCUUCAGCAAAGUCUAGGGAGAAGGAAAACAAACUUGCACAGAAUUUCUCAAGGUGAAGACAACUUUCUAACUAACUUUGACGAAAAUAUGCCAUCUUUGCUGCACACUAUAGAAAGAAGGUCAAAUGAGUUCGUGACCCCUCCCAUCGGUCCUCUGGGUGCAUUCGUUACCGUCAAGACAGGAUUUGAGAAAUGGGCACGUUGUGUACAAAGAGCUGUUUCGUCAACGCUGAGCGCAUUCGUCGUGACCAACCACAGAGAUAAUAAGCUACUGCAUGAGUUGAUACGAUCUUGCCGCAUCAGGGCCAACAUACCUGUAAUCACCUAUCGACUUAAUAAGUUUGAUUACUCCAAUGGAAAGGCACAGUGUCCUCACCCGACUAUAUCAGAUGUAAUUGAAUUUUCAAAAGAUGAAGCUGAAUAUGUAUUUAUUGAUCAGAAUAGGAUUGAGAAAAUUGUAUUGAUAGAGGAUAAGAAUGAUGCCAGAAAUUUCUUGAGAAAACAGCCGCGCAACGUCAAUAUGGCACUCGCGCUAAGAGAUCAGCGUUCCGGUUUCCAGAUAUCUGGCGGCUACCGGUUAGACACUAUGGAUUAUCAAGAGAGAAUCAGACUUAAAGUUGGUUCUUCGGACGACGCAACGAAGUACAUACAGGAUUUGAUACAACAAGAAGAGUCCGAGAUUCAAGCAACACAAGAUAACUUUGAACAAAGACUCACUCACAUUAGCUCAAAGAUAGUAUCUGUUGAUCAGGAGUACAGGAGCAUCAAGAAGGAACGGCAGAAAAACAACAUGAAAAUAGCAGAGAUAAAAAUGAAUAUAGGCAAAGAAGUUGAUACAGGGAUCUUAGAAUCUAAAAUCAAUGAAAAGAAGAGCCAGGAACAAGCCAUCGCUGGUUACGAAGCAACCAUGGAAGAAUUGAGUAAGAGGAUGGAUCAGAUUAGUGAGGAAGUGCAUCCUUUGAGGGAAGAUUAUGAACGGUCCAAAACUUCUCUUUUAGCAGCUCAGGAGGAACUACGGCAACUGAAAGAAGAUACCAAUACUCAUCAUCGUAAGGUUGAAAAAUACAAUGAUGACAUAGGCGCGUACGAGAGUCGAAUAAAGGUUUAUACCGAGAAUAUUGACAGGCUCAAGGAAAAUGUCAAAAUUCUCGAAGAUGGAAUAAAAAGUCAGAUGAGAGAUGCUGAAGAUUUUUGCUCCAAGGAGCAAAGCGAAGAUUCUGAACUUCCAAACGAUCAAUUUGAGAUAAGACGCCAAUUAGAAAAAAUUUCCAACAUGAUUUUAAGAGCAAAGAAGACAAUGGGACUAUCACAACAGGAGAUUGUAAAGUUAUUUGAAAAUGCCAGAGAUAAGUACAGGGAAGGUCAAGAAAGGUAUUCUGCUAUUGAUAAGGCUCUCAACAUGCUGUAUAAAUCCAUACAAGAACGGUUACAAAAUUUGCAGUCGUCAAGAAGAACUACAUGUUUGGACGCAGAUCUUGACUUUAGGUCUUCUCUGAGAGUCAGAAACUUUUCCGGAAACCUCAACUUCGAUAAUCCUAACAAAAGCCUGAACAUUUUUAUUCUCACUUCCAAUGACACCAAGGCUCGCAAUGUUGACACGCUUUCUGGAGGGGAAAAGUCAUUUUCUCAGAUGGCAUUGUUGCUCGCAACAUGGAAACCUAUGAGAUCGCGAAUAAUUGCGCUCGAUGAAUUUGAUGUGUUCAUGGAUCAAGUUAAUCGGAAAAUUGGUACAAAGCUAAUUAUGGAAAAGCUAAAAGAUUCAGCGAGAACCCAAACUAUAAUAAUUACGCCCCAAGAUAUUGGGAAAAUAGCAGAUGUCGACAGUAGCGGUGUUAGUAUCCACAAAAUGCGAGAUCCGCAGAGACAGAAUAACUCGAACUACUACUCAUAA